AGUUAACUCAAGCAACGAGUGGGCGAACGCGAGUCCGAUUUGAUGCCGACAGGUGCAGACAAACGGGAUGUAGCCAUCGACGCGCGCACCUCACCUCCCCCAGCCCAGCCAGUGAGAGGGAGAGUGAGAGAGGCAGUAUGCAUUAUAUGCAGAGAGUGAUCAACCUCCGCUACUGUCGCUCUGGUUGCUUUGCUUGUGUUGUUUCUUGUGCUGUAGUAUCAUCUUCCACACUUGAUGCCGCUCCUCGCUCCGCAAAUCAGACACCUUCACCACACUCACAUGGCUGCACACACACACACGCACUUUCUCUGUCUUUGCCGAUGGUGCGUCUGUCUGUCUGUCUGUCUGUGCGCGUACGUCUGGUUGGGGCAGUUUCUCUUGAGCAUGACGUAUCCGUGGUACAGCCGCCAAAGCGUCGGACAUGAGUACUCCACCGGCUCCACCAAACCCCUCACUAUCUCCUUCUGACCUCCACAUCCCCGCCAACACACAACUCACAAUUCGCAAUGCAAUGAACACGUACGUCCCCGGCUUGAGCCGACAGAUCUCACCUUGCACACAGUGCACAUCUUGGUGGCUUUCCACUUGAACACACGCCUCUCGAGGAAGGCCUCCACCUCAUCCAUCUGAGGGGCGCCAUGACUCAAGGCCCACUCGGGAUGAGGCCGCGGUGGUCCUGCUCCUCCUGACGGACGUGCUGCUGAUGGUGGUGCAGUUGGCGCAGCAGCGGAUGACAGCAGCCUCCUGCAGAGGGGGAUUCGACGCGCAGCGUGUGA